AACGCCAUCGCCGGUGAGAAUCCUUGUUAAUCAGUGCAACUUGUACCGGGGUUUCUAGAGUGGUUACCACGUUUUGCGGCAAUGCACAGCAUGGUUUGGUGUUCCCGCGGAAUGCAUAACCCCCAAGAUGGUGCACGCAAAGAGUUACGAAUCUUAGAGGCCGUGUUGUAAGCACGUAUAAUUUUUAUUUUUACCCACUAGACGCCGCUAGUUGUCUGUUGCAAACCGCACGUCUCGAGUAGUUCUUUCCGCGCGGUGCCAGCAGUCAGUUUCGAGGGUAGGUUGCUAGCAGAAUGGAGGCUGUGGCACGAGUUCCCGGGAAGUUUCCAGAGAAGCUGAAUACGUGUUGGACAAUGAUAAUUCUCGCGCUUUUGUUACUGACGUCACGGCGCUCCAUGGCCAGAGAAGACGCAUUGCCCGUGCUGAGGGAGUUUUCAUUUCCGCCGGAAGUCACACUGGGCGAACACAUAUUGGUGAGCUGCGCGGUUAAGAAGGGCGCCACUGGACUGCACCACAUGACGUGGUUGAAGGACGGCAAGGACAUAGAGAACAGCGAUCGGGUGUCGGUAUUGGCGCACUUCAGCGAUGGCGUAACUCUGCGCAUUGCUAACCUGCGUCCCGAAGACGUCGGCAACUACACUUGCGUAGCGAGGAACUCCUUCGGCAGCGACAGCUUCACGGCGCCGCUCGUCGUACAAGGUAACUUUCUCGUAAAGCAGCUCCACGCGCCCGAGCCGCAGACCAGCGGCUUCCAGCCGAACCUGGCUUUGGGCGACGACGCGAUUGCCAGCUGCUUUGUACCCAAAGCAAGCUGGCACGGCGAAGGCCUUCGUAUGACCUGGACAAAGGAGAACGACGGUGACGAUCUCUCCGCCAAUGGUCGGGUGUCUUUUCUACGGGCGUCGAAAAGCAGCAUCACUCUGGGCAUAAGCGACGUGCGACGCGAGGACAUUGGAAACUACACCUGUGCCGUUUUUUACGGGGCGUCUACGGCGAGCGUUACGGUGCCCCUGACCAUCUCCGAGCCUCCGAAGAUCAAGGAAUUUAAGUUUCCCGGAAACCUCUCUCCCGGAGACACGGUCGCCGUCAGCUGCGUGGUCAAAAAGGGAAGCGCGGGUCCGUUCGAACUAUUCUGGAUGAAAGACGGCAUCCCCGUGGAACUCACUGCAAGCGUCGCAGUGUCCUCGCACAAGGGUGGACCGUUGUCCACGCUGAGCAUAGUGGACGUCUCGGGCGAGCACAGCGGGAACUACACCUGCGUUGCCCGGAAUGCGGCCGGAAGUGACGAAUACUCGGCGCACCUGGCAGUGACAGUAUCCCUGGGAGAAGAAAUCGUUGCCACAUGCUCCGUGAAGAAAGGAUCCACGGGACCGUACGCGCUGACGUGGCUGAAAGGUGGCGCGCCAUUGGAGAACUCCGGUCACGUGACAGUGAGCUUUACAGCUAGCGCAACCUCGCUGAGCAUCGGCGGCGUGCGCGUGGACGACGUCGGCAACUACACCUGCAAGGCGGCCAACUCCUUCGGCAGCGACACCCUCACCUUGCCGCUGCUGAUUGCAGGCCCCGUUGGCAUGGCCUGUUACGAGGACCAAAACAAGACCGCGGCUCGCCAUCUGGACACACCUAACUGGAAAUGCUAA